GAAACAGAACAAAGAAAAGAGAACUGUAGGGAAAAGCAUCGACUACAUGACCACGCUUGCCGACACUACCUAAGUAGGUGUUCUCAUCAAUUCUUAUUAUUCUCCCUCGCAACGCUUGUCAAUCUUCAUCAUUAUCAUCUACCGGUCCUUCACGGCAGUGGCCCUCGGAGAGCCAGCGGAGCGGCGUCCAUUCUUAUUCCACCCUCACUCACCACCCGUUGUCCAUUCUCAAGACCACUGUCCAUUCUAUUUACGACCAUCGCUCUCGAAGUUUCAGCGGAGCGGCAUCCAUUCUUAUUAAAUCCUCGCCUCACUACCCGCUCUCUAUUCUCGCCAUCCUUGCCAUCCUCACCGCUCUCAUUCAUUCUCGCAACACUCAUCUAUUGCCACCAUUCUCAUUAACGGGACUCUCACAACACUCAUUAAUUCACACCACCCACAUUCAUUCUCACUACCGAUACCCUCACCAAUCUUCAUCGACCAUCAUCAAUCACUAUGGACCAUCUUCUAUACCCCCAAACCCAAGAAGAAUAUGAUCUUGCUAUAUCAUUGUUGAAUGCCGCAAAUGGUACAAGGGUGAAGAAUCCUCCAUCCGCUUUCAAUAGCUAUCCAAACCCGGCGACUCUGACACCAGCCCCACAAGGAACCUUUCUCUCAGCGAUUCGGAGUACUAUUGUAAAGUUUAUUCCUGUGCUUGGCUUUGUGGCUCCUUAUGUCUUUCCCAUCCUUGUUGUAUUUUUGGUCUAUCUCUUUUGGGACAUCAUCAAUGGCAUAGUUUAUACAAUCUAUGGGGUCUUCCGAACUGGCACCCAGAUAUUAUCCAUCAUUGGGACUGUAGGAACAUGUGCCAAAACACCCUUGGUUUGUUUUUACACAGCAUCUUCAUCCUUCGGAUCAGCACAUGGGUUUAAGAAUAAGCCACCACAUUCAACACCAAAUCCAUCCAACACCCAACGUCGAUUAAUACCAAUUCUCAACUUGGAAAAGCCAUAUAAGGUUUGGUCUGAUCAACUCAAUUCUGAUAUGGAUGAAUUAUUCAAGGUUACCAAUACUGGAACGCUGGAUGGCGAAGUCCCAUCUAUCACUGACCUCAUGAUAUACAAUACUCGUAUCACCAGUGCAAUACAGAUCAUGUCAAAUCGCAAUAGCGUUGAUCUACGUGACAAAGCAGCUGCAUAUCUGAUCCCAAAACUCCAAAGUCUUCAGUCAACUACUUCAGAUCUUCACAGAAUGUAUGAGUCCUAUCGACGACGCUGGGCUGAUAAUUUGACCAAAAUGGCAGCUGAAUAUGAGAAUGUUGCAAACAAGGUCGAUCGAUUGAGACAAGAAUGGGAACUCAUCCUAGAUGAGGUGGUUAAGAAUGGUAAUGAAGGAAAGGGAGAUGGUGUACCUCAAACUGAGUCUAUCCUGCGGAAAGUCUGCAACGAAGGAUACAAAGGAUCCCUUUUCUCUUUUGGCAAGGUCAAAAGCAAGCCUGAUCUUUGUACUUAUGAAAAAUUGGCUUCAAUGAAAUAUCAACAAAUCUUAACGGAGCGUCGAAAUCAUGCCAUUCUUCAGAAGGAAACAUCAUUGGUUUGUCAGAAAGAAAGUCGAGAUAUUCUCACAUUAUUGGAUGAUUUGAAGGCAAAGAUACAUGUCCUAAAAUUGACGGCUAAGUUUGCAGAAGAAGCAAAGUCUAAAGUAGAGAUGGACACGAAGGAUGAAUUGGCAAAGGAAAGAAGAAAUAUGUGGAACUAUUUUGAAUGGGGUCGCUGGGACUCUGUAUACACAGAGGAGGAAAUUGAGAAAAUGUCAAAAGAGGCUGAGAUUAUUUCUACUAUUGGAGAAGAUAUCAUCAAUUUACAAGCCCUCACCACGUUCGAAAAUAAAGUUACAAGCAUGAUAUUAUCAGAUGCUAGGAUAUGGACUUUGAUUUUCAUGCAUAGCGAGUCGUUUUUAAACAUGCAAAGUUUUGCAAAGGAUAAUUUGGAUGAUGGAGCAGAUGGAAUUGGCAGGAUUUUUGGCCGUAGCGUUGAGGGAGAUAAAGAUAGUGGAGGGGCUUGGCUGAGAUGGGGAAAUGAUGGUGCGAAUGUCAAAAAGGGAGAUAACAAGUCAAAAGGCAAAGGGAAAGAUAGUCCGGCCAAAAGAAUGAUGGAGUUGAGGGAAUGGGGACAUGAUGUCUCCAAGUGGGUGGAGGAAAAACUUGAGGCUGCAAAGGACUUGAGAGAAAUGGUCGAGGGUAGGGUUUGAGAGUUCAAAUCUGAGAUGGGAAAAGGGUCAAGGGUCAAGGAGGUGAAUAAUUGAGUGAGUGAGCGAUGAGGAUUAAAAUUGAUAAAGUGAAGGAAGGAUCCAUCGGAACACAUACAUAUGAAUUAGCUAAAUAGAAUACGUUUCA